AUGCCGAGCCAAUCAGAGGCUUCCCUGGGGAUCGGGGGCUGUAAUGUGGCUUUAGAUAAUCUCCAGAUUAAAGAAAAUGCUCUGAGUGAAUUGGAUGUUCCUUUUAAAGUCAAGGCUGGCCAAAUUGAUAAAUUAACUUUGAAGAUCCCUUGGAAGAACCUUUAUGGAGAAGCUGUUGUUGCAACCCUAGAGGGACUGUACCUGCUUGUUGUUCCUGGAGCAAGUAUUAAAUAUGAUGCUGAGAAGGAAGAAAAAUCCUUGCAAGAUAUUAAACAGAAAGAGCUAUCCCGAAUUGAAGAAGCCCUUCAAAAAGCAGCAGAGAAAGGCACACAUUCAGGAGAGUUCAUCUAUGGCUUGGAAACCUUUGUUUAUAAGGACAUCAAGCCUGGACGUAAACGUAAAAAGCACAAAAAACAUUUUAAGAAACCUUUUAAAGGUCUUGAUCGCUCAAAAGACAAACCAAAAGAGGCCAAAAAGGAUACAUUUUUGGAAAAAUUGGCGACUCAAGUAAUUAAAAAUGUUCAAGUAAAAAUCACAGACAUUCACAUUAAAUAUGAAGAUGAUGUCACGGAUCCAAAGCGGCCUCUUUCAUUUGGUGUCACUCUGGGAGAACUUAGUCUAUUGACUGCAAAUGAACACUGGACUCCGUGCAUAUUAAAUGAAGCAGAAAAAAUUAUAUACAAGCUUAUACGACUUGAUAGUCUCAGUGCCUACUGGAAUGUUAACUGCAGAAUGUCUUACCAGGGAUCAAGGGAACAGAUCUUGGAUCAGCUGAAAAGUGAAAUUCUUAAGAGUAGCAGUAUACCCCCAUCCCAUCAAUACAUUUUCCAGCCAAUAUCAGCCUCUGCAAAACUCUACAUGAAUCCUUACGCAGAAACAGAGCUCAGAACACCUAAACUCGAUUGGAACAUAGAAGUACAAAAUAUCGCCAUUGAACUGACCAAACCUCAGUACUUAAGUAUGAUUGACCUGUUGGAGUCAGUGGAUUAUAUGGUUAGAAAUGCUCCUUACAGAAAAUAUAAGCCUUACUUACCACUUCAUACCAAUAGUCGAAAAUGGUGGAAAUAUGCAAUUGAUUCUGUUCUUGAAGUUCAUAUAAGACGAUAUACACAAAUGUGGUCAUGGAGUAACAUAAAAAAGCACAGGCAAUUGCUCAAGAGUUACAAAAAUGCCUACAAAAAUAAGCUAACCCAAUCUAAAGUCCCAGAAGAAAUACAGAAACAAAUUCAGGAUUUGGAGAAGUCUCUGGAUGUUUUUAACAUAAUUUUAGCAAGGCAACAAGCACAAGUUGAGGUGAUUCGAUCUGGACAAAAAUUAAGGAAAAAGUCUACUGACACAGGCGAGAAACGUGGAGGCUGGUUCAGUGGAUUUUGGGGUAAGAAGGAAUCUAAGAAAAAAGAUGAAGAACCUUUGAUUCCUGAAACUAUUGAUGAUCUUAUGACUCCAGAGGAAAAAGAUAAGCUCUUCACGGCCAUCGGUUAUAGCGAGAGCACCCAUAACCUAACUUUACCCAAGCAGUAUGUUGCCUAUAUAGUGGCACUGAAGUUAGUAAGCACCUCUAUUACAAUAAGAGAAAACAAAAAUAUUCCAGAAAUACUAAAAAUCCAGAUAAUUGGCCUGGGCACACAAGUAUCUCAGCGACCAGGAGCACAGGCACUUAAGGUGGAAGCAAAAUUAGAACACUGGUAUAUAACAGGUCUGAGACAGCAGGACAUUGUACCAUCGCUCGUGGCUUCAAUUGGUGAUACUGCAUCAUCCUUGCUGAAAAUUGAUUUUGAAACCAAUCCAGAGAAUAGUGCUGCUGACCAGACCCUGGUUGUUCAGUCUCAGCCUGUGGAGGUCAUCUACGAUGCGAAAACCAUCAAUGCGGUGGUUGAGUUCUUUCAGUCAAAUAAGGGAUUAGAUCUUGAGCAGAUAACAUCAGCUACACUGAUGAAGCUGGAAGAAAUUAAAGAGAAGACAGCCACAGGACUUACACAUAUAAUAGAAACUCGAAAAGUCCUUGAUUUAAGGAUAAAUCUGAAGCCUUCUUAUCUAAUAGUUCCACAGACAGGUUUCCACCAUGAAAAGUCAGAUCUUCUCAUUUUAGAUUUUGGUACAUUUCGGCUUAACAGUAAAGAUCAAGGUUCACAGAAGACUAAUAAUUCAUCUCUGGAAGAAAUAAUGGAUAAGGCAUAUGACAAGUUUGAUGUUGAAAUAAAAAGUGUGCAACUACUCUUUGCAAGAGCAGGGGAAGACUGGAAAAAGUGUCGAUUUCAGCAUCCAUCAACUAUGCAUAUAUUGCAGCCCAUGGAUAUACAUGUUGAGCUGGCCAAGGCAAUGGUGGAAAAGGACAUUAGAAUGGCCAAAUUUAAAGUAUCAGGAGGGCUUCCUCUGAUGCACGUGAGGAUUUCUGACCAGAAGAUGAAAGAUGUGCUGUGUUUGAUUAAUAGUAUACCCUUGCCACAGAAAUCACCUGCACAGUCUCCAGAGAAACAGGUGUCCUCAAUUCCUGUUAUAUCAGCUAGGACAAAAGACCUGCUUGGUACGCCAUUGUUGCUAGACGGAGUGGAAUCAGAGUCUGAUGAUGAGUAUUUUGAUGCUGAGGAUGGAGGAGACACACAGACUAGUAUAAGUAUGAAAGGGUCAGAGCUGAAAAAAGUUGCCGAGGCCCCAAAUGAGGAGCUCAUUAAUCUUCUACUAAAGUUUGAAAUUAAAGAGGUGAUUUUGGAAUUUACCAAACAACAGAAAGAAGAAGAUACAAUUCUAGUGUUUAAUGUUACUCAGUUAGGAACAGAGGCUACAAUGAGAACGUUUGAUUUAACUGCGGUAUCUUAUUUAAAGAAAAUCAGUUUGGAUUACCAUGAAAUUCAAGGAUCCAAAAAGAAGCCCCUUCACUUGAUUAGCUCUUCUGACAAACCUGGAUUAGAUCUUUUAAAAGUGGAGUACAUUAAGGCUGAUAAGAAUGGACCUAGUUUUCAAACUACUUUUGAAAAAACUGAACAGACACUUAAGGUGGCUUUUUCAUCUUUAAAUCUGUUGCUGCAUACACAAGCCCUUCUCUCUUCUAUUAAUUAUCUGACAACCAUUAUUCCAUCAGAUGGCCAAAACUUGGUGGGUGAUACCAAGGAAGCACAAGUUUCUACUGGAAAGCAACCAAAAAAUUCAGCUCUACAGAAAGUGAUUGCAUCCUCUAAAGACAGUGACAUUAUUCACUUCAGGCUGUUUGCCAAGUUGAAUGCUUUCUCUGUCAUUGUCUGUGAUGAGAAGAACAAUAUUGCUGAAAUCAAGAUUCAAGGACUGGAUUCUUCCCUUUUUCUUCAGUCAAGGAAACAGUCACUGUUUGCCAGACUGGAAAAUAUUAUUGUCACAGAUGUUGAUCCUAAGACAAUUCAUAAAAAAGCCGUGUCAAUAAUGGGAAAUGAAGUUUUUAAUUUUAACUUGGAUUUGUAUCCAGAUGCUACCGAAGGGGAUUCCUAUACUGACAUGUCCAAAGUAGAUGGUGUGGUAUCAUUGAACGUUGGCUGUAUUCAGAUUGUUUAUCUCCAUAAAUUCCUCAUGUCACUUCUGAACUUUCUGAACAAUUUCCGGACAGCCAAAGAGGCUCUGAGUGCUGCCACUGCCCAGGCUGCAGAAAAGGCUGCCACAAGUGUGAAAGAUCUCGCCCAGCGGAGCUUUCGUGUCUCUGUCAAUAUUGAUUUGAAAGCACCGGUUAUAGUCAUCCCACAGUCUUCCAUGUCCACCAAUGCAGUGGUGGUAGAUCUUGGCUUAAUCAGAGUUCAGAAUCAGUUCAGUCUGGUACCUGGUGAAGACUACUCACACCCUCCAGUAAUUGAUAAAAUGGAUGUGCAGCUAACAAAGCUUAAGCUCUCUAGGACGGUGAUCCAGUCAGGCACCUCCCAUCCUGAUAUUCAACUGUUGCACCCAAUUAACUUGGAGUUUUCUGUAAAUCGCAAUCUGGCCGCAUCUUGGUACCACAAGGUGCCUGUUGUGGAAAUUAAAGGGCAUCUUGAAUCCAUGAAUGUUAAUCUAAAUCAAGAAGAUCUUAAUCUUUUGUUUAGAAUACUAGCAGAAAAUCUUGGUGAAGCUACUGAAGACCUGGAUAAAGUGAAACCGAGAAUACAGGAGCCGGGUGAAAUUAAAGAGCCGCUUGAAAUCUCUACCUUAAAACAAGAUGUGCCUGUUUCACAAGAUGCUUUAACAGCUGAAGUGGAAGAAAUUAGAUCUGUAGACAUCAUUAAUAUGCUGCUGAAAUUUGAGAUCAAAGAGGUUGUGAUUACUUUGAUGGAAAAAGCAGAAAAGAAAGGAAGGCCUUUACAUGAACUAAGUGUCCUACAGCUUGGAAUGGAAGCUAGAGUUAAAGCCUACGACCUGACUGCUGAAGCUUAUCUGAAAAAAAUUAGUAUGCGAUGCUUUGAGUUCUCAGACUCUAAAGGAGGACCUCUCCACAUUAUUAACUCUUCUAAUGUAACAGAUGAAACCCUUCUGAAAAUGUUACUGACAAAGGCAGACAGUGAUGGACCAGAAUUUAAAACUGUGCAUGACAAUACGAAGCAAAGACUGAAGGUUUCAUUUUCAUCCUUAGACUUAGUUCUUCAUUUGGAAGCUUUACUGUCCUUCAUGGAUUUUCUGUCGUCUGCUGUUCCAUCCUCUGAACCUUCUAAGAAGGAACUGGAGCUGAAACCACUUGUCGGGGAGUCCAGAAGUAUCAUUGCCAAAACUGUAUCCAGCAGUACUUCUCAAGACGAUGUGUUUGAUAUAAAGAUCAUAGCUGAAUUAAAUGCAUUUAAUAUCUUUGUCUGUGAUCAGAAGUGUAACAUUGCAGAUAUUCGAAUACAUGGAAUGGAUGCUUCUGUUUCUGUGAGGCCAAAGCAGACCGACGUAUUUGCCAGACUUAAGGAUAUCGUAGUUACGAACGUUGAUUUGCUGUCCAUUCACAAAAAGGCUGUCUCUAUUUUGGAAGAUGAAGUCUUUAGAUUCCAAAUGACUCUUUAUCCAGAUGCUACAGAAGGAAAGGCCUAUGCUGAUAUGUCUAAAGUAGAUGGCAAACUUAGUCUCAAAGUGGGCUGUAUUCAAGUUGUUUAUGUUCAUAAAUUCUUCAUGUCUCUUUUGAACUUCCUUAACAAUUUUCAAACUGCCAAAGAGGCUUUGAGCACAGCUACAGUCCAAGCUGCAGAAAGAGCUGCUUCCAGCAUGAAAGACUUGGCUGAAAAGAGUUUCCGCCUUCUGAUGGAUGUCAAUUUGAAAGCACCAGUUAUCAUCAUUCCUCAGUCUUCUGUAUCACCUAAUGCUGUUAUAGCAGAUCUGGGUUUAAUCAGAGUUGAAAACAAAUUUAACGUGGUUGCUGUGGAACACUGUCCUCUUCCCCCAGUCAUUGACACAAUGAGCAUCCAGCUCACUCAGCUGAAGCUGUCCAGAACGAUUUUGCAGUCUGGCUUACCACAACAUGACAUUGAAAUUUUAAAACCAGUCAACAUGCUUUUGUCCAUACAGCGAAAUUUAGCAGCAACAUGGUACGUGCAAAUUCCAGGGAUGGAGAUAAAAGGAAAACUAAAACCUAUGCAGGUUGCUCUCAGUAGAGAUGAUUUAACAGUUUUAAUGAAAAUUUUGCUAGAGAAUCUUGGAGAAGCUUCUUCCCAGCCAAGCCCUACACAGCCUACCCAGGAGGCUGUAAAAGUAAGAAAAGAUGUUUCCAGUGGACUUGACCACCUCAAAGAACAAGAUUUGCCAGACUCAAAGCUUUCUUUGGAUCAGGAUGUCACUCUCCAGUUUGACUUUCACUUUGAAUCUCUUUCCAUUGUCCUUUAUAACAAUGAUAUCACCCAGGAGUCCAAACUUUCAUUUCAUAAUGACAGUUUCCAGCUUGGCGAACUCAGGCUGCACCUUAUGGCCUCUGGAGGGAAGAUGUUUAAGGAUGGCUCAAUGAAUGUCAACCUUAAGCUUAAGACAUGCACCCUUGAUGAUCUCAGGGAAGGAAUUGAGAGAGCAACAUCAAGAAUGAUUGAUAAGAAGAAUGGCCAAGAUAACAGCUCUAUGAUUGACAUAAAUUACAAACAAGGGAAAAAUGGAAGUCAUAUUGAUGCUGUUCUUGACAAGCUGUAUGUCUGUGCCAGUGUGGAGUUUCUGAUGACUGUGGCAGAUUUCUUUAUCAAAGCUGUACCUCAGAGUCCAGAAAAUCUGGCCAAAGAAUCACAGAUUCCAGUACGACAGACUGCCAUGCCAAAAAUCAAGAUGGAGAAAGAUGACUCUGUAAGACCAAAUAUGACUUUAAAGGCCAAGAUCACAGAUCCAGAAGUGGUAUUUGUUGCCAGUCUGACAAAGGCUGACGCUCCUGCUCUGACAGCCUCCUUCCAGUGUAACCUCUCUCUGUCAGCAUCCCAACUCGAACAGAAGAUGGAAGCCUCUGUGAGAGACCUUAAAGUACUUGCUUGCCCUUUUCUCAGAGAAAAGAGAGGAAAGAACAUUACCACAAUCUUACAGCCCUGUUCUUUAUUUAUGAAAAAAUGUGCAUGGACUUCAGGAAAAGAAAAUAUAGAUAUUAAUGUUGAAGAAGUUAUAAUUAAGAUUUCACCCAUAAUUCUUAAUACUGUGAUGACAAUAAUGGCUGCUAUGUCUCCAAAGGCAAAAGAAGAUGAAUCCAAAGAUGUGUCUAAGGAAACAGAAAAUCUCUGGGGCAUCAAAUCCAUUAGUGAUUAUAACUCUUGGUUUCUUGGUGUUGACAUGGCAACAGAAAUAACAGAGAAUUUCAGAGACAUUGAAACUCCAUCGAUAGAGGAAAAUUGUGCUGUUGUUGUGAAGUCAGUUCAAGUUACCUUAGAAUGUGGCCUUGGGCAUCGAACUGUACCUUUAUUAUUGGCGGAGUCUAAGUUUUCAGGAACUAUUAAGAAUUGGACUUCCCUGAUGGCUGCUGCUGCUGACAUGACACUAGAGGUAAAGAACAAUCCAGUCCAGGAUAAAAGUUUGAUGCCAGGAGAUGAUUUUAUUGUAAUUCCUGAGCCACAAACAGAAGUUGGUAUUUCUUCAGGAGACACAAUGAAUAUAACAGUAUCCAAAAGUUCUCUUACUGUUUUCAACAAUUUAGCAAAGGGUUUUUCACAGGGCGCUGCUUCUACUUUUGACUACUCUUUAAAAGACAGGGCGCCUUUUACAGUAACAAAUUCUGUAGGUGUUCCCAUUAAGGUACAGCCCCAUCAUAAUCUCAGAGUGAUGGGCUCCCCUGAGAAAAGUGGUGUUUGUGAUCUUGAUGCUGGUCAGAGUUUGGAACUGGAGUAUGCCAGCAUGGAACCUUCACAUCAAGGGAAACUGUCCAUACUGAGCCGUCAAGAAAGCUCCCUCUUCACUCUGACCUUUGUUUUUAUCCAACAGAUUAAAAACCAUUUCUCUAUUUCAUUCAUCAUCUAUAAGUAUGUUAAGAAUGUCAAGCUGUUGGAGCGCAUUGGAGUAGCCAGGCCUGAAGAGGAGUUCCACGUCCCUUUAGAUUCAUAUAGAUGUCAGUUGUUUAUUCAGCCAGCUGGUAUCUUGGAGAAUCAGUACAAAGAAUCCACCACCUACAUUUCCUGGAAGGAAGAACUUCAUAGGAGCAAGGAAGUCAGAUGUGUGCUGCAGUGUCCAUCAACAGAAGUCAACUUUUUACCUCUCAUAGUCAAUACAGUUGCUCUGCCUGAUGAAUUAAGCUAUAUUUGCACACAUGGGGAGGACUGGGAUCCAGCUUACAUCAUUCAUCUUUAUCCCACUGUUACUUUGUGGAAUUUUCUCCCAUACGCUCUAACAUAUUUACUUGAGGGAACAGCAGAAACCCAUGAGCUAGCAGAAGGCAGUGCUGCCGAUGUUCUGCAUUCAAGAAUCAGUGGGGAAAUAAUGGAACUGUUUCUGGUGAAAUAUCAGGGCAAAAACUGGCGUGGAUGUUUCCGCAUACAUGAUACACUUCCUGAAUUCUUUCUUGUGUGUUUUUCUUCUGAUUCCGCUGAAGCGCUGACCGUCGACCUGUCAGUGCAUGUCAAGCGCGUUGGCAGCCAGAUGGAGCUGUCCGUCUUUAGUCCUUACUGGCUCAUCAACAAGACUUCUCGGGUGCUCCAGUACCGUUCAGAAGAUAUUCAUGUCAAACAUCCAGCUGAUUUUAGGGAUAUUAUUUUAUUCUCCUUCAAGAAGAAGAACAUUUUUAGUAAAAAUAAGGUGUGUUUUUGUCGAUGCAACAAAUUACUUAUUUAUUAUUUACCUAAUGCCAUACUUACCUGUUUGCUAGGUGCCAUUGGGGGUCGCAGGAAGAAAUGGUACUGCUGCCAAGACAGGUUUGACUCUUUGCCUGGGCAGAUCCUACUGAAUGGGGGUAUCUUGGUGGAUGUAGAUAUUGCUCAGCAUUCAACUGUCAUAAGCUUUUCUGAUUACCAUGAGGGAUGUGCACCUGCCCUAAUAAUAAACCACACACCAUGGGACGUCCUCACAUACAAACAGAGGGGGUCGCAGGAAGAAAUGGUACUGCUGCCAAGACAGGUUCGACUCUUUGCCUGGGCAGAUCCUACUGGUACCAGAAAACUUACAUGGACUUACGCAGCAAAUACUGGGGAACAUGAUCUGUUAAAGGUAUCAUUUGAUUGGAAGCCUUUUAGUCAAAAGCAGAUAAUUUUAUUGGAAAAGUCCUAUCAGAAAUACCAAGAAUCAAGAGACCAUGGCUGGAUUAAACUAGAUGAUAAUUUUGAGGUGAAUUUUGGUAAAGACCCAAUGGAAAUGCGCCUCCCUGCUCGGUGCCCUAUAAAAAGAGAUUUUUUAUCAGGAAUUCAGGUGGAAUUUAAGCAAUCUCCUCACCAAAGAAGUUUAAGGGCCAGGCUGUAUUGGCUUCAGGUAACACUGUCGUCCUGUUCGAUAGGUAGAUCUGAUCACUUUGGGAAUCUUGGGUAUGAAUUUUUUUUAACAAGUUUUUAUCAUGGAAAACGCCUAGAGAAUGGCAGCAUGGGGAGGACAGUCACCUGCUUUACUUACACGUUUGGGUUACCUGCCCCCUGUGUGCUCUGGCGCUGUUGCAUUAAUGAUGAUGCAGCACAAAGUGGAAGCACAUCAUUUUUCUUUCAGUUGCACUUGAGUCUGUCUUUGGGCUCUGGUGGUGGAGAGUCAGACAAAGAAAAACAGGAAAUCAUUCCAAUUUAUUCUGUCAAUCUGCUGUUGAAAAGUAUCGGUGCUACUCUGACUGACGUGGACGACCUCAUAUUCAAACUUGCUUAUUAUGAAAUUCGCUGUCAGUUUUACAACAGAGAUCAGCUGAUGUGGAGCGUUGUUAGACAUUACAGCGAACAGGGUGCUGUUCAAGGCCCUGAAGAAUUUGCUGAGGGAUUAGUAAUUGGAGUAAGAAGUCUCUUUGGACAUACAGUAGGUGGUGCAGCAGGAGUUGUAUCUCGAAUCACCGGUUCUGUUGGAAAAGGUUUGGCAGCAAUUACAAUGGAUAAAGAAUAUCAGCAAAAAAGAAGAGAAGAGAUGGGUCGACAACCUAAAGAUUUUGGCGACAGCCUGGCCAGAGGGGGAAAGGGCUUCCUGCGUGGAGUUGUUGGUGGAGUGACUGGAAUAAUAACAAAACCUGUGGAAGACUUCGAAGGUGGAGAGCUUCUCAUGUGUUUUCUUACGUGUGCUUAUUCUGCCGCCUUACACAGGGUGGCAGAAUCAACCGAGGAAGUGUCCAGGCUCCGUUCUCCCCGCCUGAUCCACGGAGGCAUCAUUCGUCCUUACAACAGGCAGGAAUCUGAGGGCUAUGAUUUAUUUGAGCAAGAACUGGAAAUACAAGAGUAAAUGUUUCCUAUACUGCUACUUGAUUUCAUCCUUAAAAGUCAGAACAAACUGUGGUACUAAUUGACUGUCCAGGUUUAUUUAGAAUGAGAGUCCAUUUUAGCGAAGUUUUCUUUACAUCUCUCACGCCUGUCUGAACUUUUUUUUGGUAGUGGCUUCACUACAGAUAAAAAAUGGUAGUAUUCCUGGUGAUACUGUGCAGGAAUAAGAGAUAAAUAAAAAAAAAGAAAGGAUGCAGGAAAUGAGCUCUUUCCCAUUUAAUUGGUGGGACACUUUAUGUCCUCACAAGUGGACACUUACUAUCAUUUUGAAAAUUUCAUCUUUUCUUAUGGUAUUCACGUGCAUUUCCAGUAAAGUUGGAAAAAAAGAA